GGGGGAGCCCAGGCCGCCCCUGUGGCUGGGCAGUCGCCAGCUGGCGCUGGGCACCCGCUGCUCCGGUCCCAGUCAGGAUUUGUCCAGCGCUGCGUUCCCCGCCGGGGGUGUGUUAGGGGGAGCCCUCUUUCCGACCCUCGACAUGGUCAUCAAAGUGUUUGUGGCCACAUCUUCGGGGUCCAUAGCGAUUAGGAAGAAGCAGCAAGAAGUUGUGGGAUUCCUGGAAGCGAACAAAAUCGACUUUAAGGAGCUGGACAUUGCCGGGGAUGAGGACAACCGGCGGUGGAUGAGGGAGAACGUUCCCGGGGAGAAGAAGCCUCAGAACGGGAUCCCCCUGCCGCCCCAGAUCUUCAACGAAGAGCAGUACUGCGGGGAUUUUGACUCUUUCUUCUCUGCCAAAGAAGAGAACAUCAUUUAUUCAUUCCUUGGCUUGGCCCCGCCUCCAGGCUCACAGGUGGCCAAAUCGCCGGAAGAAACAUCUUCCCUUCCCAAUGGUGAGGUAGCAGGAGAGGCAGAGGGCACCACCGAGGGAACAGAGAAGGCUGAAGACAGUGGCGAGAACGAGGGACAGGACGAGAACAGAGAAGAUGCAGGGAACCCUCCCGAGGCCCAGCAGAACGAAGAAGAGGGAGAGACAGCAGCAGGAGAGCAGAUGGAGGACAUCCCAGAGGAGGCAGCAGAGGAGGAGGCCGAGGGAGGAGAGGAGGAGCCGGGCGAGGACUAGGCUCCCCGUGCUGGCCCUGCAGCCUUUCCAGAUUCACAAAGGAACACGUCAAGCCACGAAGCAAUAUUUCGAGUUACAAAGCAGCAUUUCAAAUCCUGGAGCAACAUUUCAAAUGUUUCCGUGUAAAGUCUGUGAAACGCUUUGCCUGGAAGUGUUUGCCUUCUCUUAGUGCGCUGGGCAUCCGCCAGCACUUUCGCUGUCCGGUGUGGUUAGAUGUACACACAUGGCCGCUUUACCACAUCCAUGUGGCGGUCAGCGUGGAGACCAUCCGCACCUAUCUUCACGUGCCCAGAACUCUUGGCCUUUGCUUAUUUUAAUUUUGGUACCUAUAUGUUUGCUCUGCAUGCACAGACCUUAUUAGUACCUUGAAUCGAAUGAGUGCAAGGAAUAGAACUUCUCUGUGUGGCAAACGCAUGUCGAUACAGCAGGUUUCCUGCCCUGUGCCCAGUGUACUUGCCUUAGGCUUAGUUUUGGAAAUGAUGGUGCUUCCUGGAGAACAACCACGAAAAUAAAGAUUAAGAGCAGA